AUGUAAUUCUAAUACAUAUAUUUAAAUGAAAAUUUCAGCCAUAAAAUAUAUUUUAAAAUUUUUCGUGGUUUGAGUGAUUUUAGUUGAUUUUAUAAGAUGUUUUUAUUAAAUAUUUUCGGAAUUUUAUGGUUAUCACACAAUAUUAUACUUAUAACAGCCAUACCCGGAGGUAAUUGGUUCUCGAAGCUUUUUUCAUCUAACUCAUAUUCAAGGCUUCCAUCCGACUUAUCAAUACCAUUAAACAACGAAGACUCAACAUUUCAAUACCAUGAUCAAAUUGAACUGGAUAGUACACAUUCAAAUGAUCAAAAUGAACUGGAUAGUUUUACACAUUCAAAUAAUUUGGUGGUACAUGUAACAAGUGUGUAUAGAACACCUGAUAAAUGGAAUAUAAUCACUGAAUAUGUUAUUGGUAAUCACCGUUUUCAACCAGUUGAUUCAGAGUGGCAAAAAAACAUAAGUGAAAAAUUAGGAUUUCCAAUAGGAAAACCAUACAACCUCAAACAAUUAAAUAAAAUGUUGAAAUCUCCAAUAUACAAUGAAGAUGUAAAAGUUACUUUGGAUACAAACGAAUUUUUUAGAAUUAUAUCUCUUCUAUUUAGUGGGUCACAAGAAAAUUACGAAAUUUUACGUAUUAAAGUUUUUGAGACUAUAAUUAGCACCAAUUAUAUUGUUAAACUCCUAGGAGAUGAAUGCUACGUAAAUGAAUAUUUCAGAACGGAUACAGUCAAAAUGUUAGCUACAAGUUUUGUUAUUGAAACAUGCAUUUAUAUAUAUGUAAAAGCAAUGGGGAAAUGGUUAUACUUACCAAUAGAAUUUCAUAAAGAAAAUUUUUCUAAAAUACAUGAAGAAAAAUGUAUUUAUUUAUAUGAUGAAGGAACACAUUUUUUUAUAGUUGAAGAUGUAGCUGAUUAAUGGAGAACUGUUGAUAUUGCUUUACAACUUCUAAUGAGAAUGCUUUAGAAAUAUAUACAAUGUGAAUCGUUUAUCAUAAACAACUUAUUUACUUUUAAAAUACAAAUAAUGUUGAUUAUAAAUAUUUGAAUUUUUUUUUGUUACAUAAUUUCUUAAUUUAUUAAUUUUUAACUAGUUUUAAGGAUUAUUCCUUUUAUAAGUUAUAUCAUUCAAGGAUGUCAACUAGCUUACUCAAUGAAAUUUAAAUAAUUAAGAAAACGGCAAAAUUACAAAAAUUUGUUAAUGAGUUUCCACACCAUGCCGACGAUAUAUAAGUGUUCUAACAACUAUUAACUUUUUAUCCAGUCAAUAUUUGGAGUUACUUUUUUUUUAACUGUUAUACAUUGUGACUUCA